CUUUAUCUCCAAACUCCGAUCGUCCUUUCAACUUCUUGUCUGUCUUAAUCUCUUACUUGGUUUCUUCUGUGUCAUCUUUGCGAGGCAUCGACUCGCCUUUCUCAUCCCCCUCAGUUCUCCCCCAAUCCAUGUCCUUCCCGGUGGUGGAUCUUGCAUGAUGGGUCUUCUGAGCCGACUUCGCAGACAUUCCUCCAGGAACCACAGUGCGGGGAAUGCGGCCACCUACGACCAUCUCCGCACCGACGUCGACGCCUAUCCCCGAUCGACCUCCAACCAAGACUUGACCAAAUCCCUCCCACGACCGAUUCUGCACCGCAUCUUCGCCGCCGUAUGUCCACACACCGUUGACGACAGCUAUGAAACAUCGGAAGAGUCCAUGACCGAGGAUGGCUGCAUGCUCUGUGACAUGCGCGACCUGGCCCACUGCGCCUUGGUCUGUCAGCGCUGGUAUCUGGAAGCCCGGGCUUUACUAUACUCCCACGUCCGCAUUGACCCCGUCCAUUACUGCGAACUCGAAGUGGAACUAUCCGCCAAACGAAAGCGACGCUCGUUCCUGAAUCGCAACGGGGAAGCCAUCGAUGCGCCCCAGGUCCGACUCCGACUCUUUAUGCAGACUGUGCGGGAAUCGUCAGAUCUGGGACAUCGGGUCCUCUCUCUCCGCAUGCCAUACAUGACUCGCGAGGCGAGCAAAAGCGAAAUCGCCCGCACCAUCUCCGUCCUGCCGAAUCUGCGUUAUGUCGACCUCCCCGCCGGCAUCUUCAGCGACGACCCAUCGUGCUUGGCCUUGAAGCAGGAGCUCAUCGGUCGGUGCCAGGAUCUUCGCCGGAUGAGCUACCGCCACGGGGCCGAGGGCAGCUUUUCGCAGUUACCCGAGUCGCCGCUCUGGGUGAAUCUGGAAGUGCUCGAGCUAUCCCGGCUGCAGAUCGAGCCGCACAUCCUGCGGAUGGGUCUCGCCUCCUUCCCCCAUCUCCGGGAUCUCACCCUCGACGAUCUGCCCUGGCUCGACGACUCCGCCUUCUCGCCCUCCUACUCCGAUACUCUCCCCCCGUUUCCGGCCGUCCAGCGCCUCACCCUCCGCGAUACCCCGAACGUCACGGCAAGCGGGCUUGUCGAUUUCUUCUCUCUGCCCCUCAACCGCAAAACCCUCCACUCCCUGACCCUCUCCUCGACCGGUGUCCUCCCGUCGACCUACCACCAGAUCCUCUCCGUGGCGCCGCAACUCCGCUCCUUCUCCGUCAAUCAGGAAGUCACCCGCUCGUUCCCCGUCGACAGCAACCGCGUGCCCCCGCUCGCCUCCCGCUCCCUCGCCCUCCUCCACUACGAGAUCACCUCCCCCUCCAGCCCCAUAACCGGCAACCUCCCGCCCAUCGCCGCCUCUUACUACACCUACCUCAUCUCCUCGCUCAUGUCCCACGCGCUGCCCGCGCUCCGGGAUCUGUACGUCCGCGAUUCGAGCUUCCCCGAGACCUUGCUGCUCGCCCCGCCCCCGCGGCUGCUCGGCGGCGGCGGCGAGGGCGAGGGCAUGGGCCCGCAGUUCUUCCACGGGGGUCUCGCCCAGCCGCUGAACGUGUACAGCAAGGGGCUGGACGAGCUCGAGUGGAACUUCACGCCGUACGAGCCGCCGUCGACGCGCGGACGCCGCGCCAGCACCACGCGGCCCGUGAGCUUCCACGACGCCCAGCUGAGUCGCACCUGGGGCGGCGACGCGCGCAAGAGUGUCCUGGUCGGGAACGGGUUCGGCGGGUUCCUGGCCGUGCCGGUCGAGGAUGAGGACGGUCGGCCCAAGAGUAGUGGCGGCUGGCGACGCGAUAGUCGGCAGGAUCUGUGGCGGUGAAGCUGGGGGGUGGUCAUGCUGUAUGCUUGUGUCAACUGGGAUACGUACGGUAACUACGGAUAAUGUUGUAAUGAGGGGCAAUUUGACCUGGGCUCUCGUGGGUCGUGUUGCAGUA